UCCGACCUCUUAUGGCUGAAACCACCACCACUUCGUUCACAAAAAACCAAGCAAAUGUUGAGCUGGAAAAUGAGGCUUACGAUGAAGAGUAUGAAAAGCUUAGCCAAGAAUGUAAAGCACUGCUUCUUUCUCUUCCUAGAGAGAAGGGUUCGAUUAACCCAUAUCUCUAUUUAUACAAAGACUUUUGGGUUCCAACAAAUCGAAUCCAACCGAUAUGCUACUUCCAAAAGCACUUCCAAGCGAGAGAUGAUGAUGUUGUUCUAGCCAGCUUACAAAAAUCUGGAACAACAUGGUUGAAAGCCCUUACUUUUGCCAUUGUUAAUCGCAAGGUAUUCUCUCCUUCACAAAAUAACCAUCCUUUACUUGUUUCCAAUGCGCAUGAGCUAGUUCAAUCCUUUGAGUUCAAUUAUUAUGUAGAUAACCAAAAUCCUGAUCUCUCCAAUUUGCCUAAACCAAGACUUUUUAGUACCCAUGUUCCAUUUCAUGUAUUGUCGGACUCAAUUAUCAAAUCCAAAUGCAAGAUAAUUUAUAUAUGUCGUAAUCCAUUUGAUAAUUUUGUGUCAUUUUGGCAUUUUGCCAACAAAGUCAAAGCACCAUCUUUGCCCAAAUUAUCAUGUGAGGAAGCAUUUGACAGGUACUCAAAAGGGAUUUAUCAGUUUGGCCCAUUUUGGAUAAAUAUGUUGGGUUAUUGGAGAGAAAGCAAACAGUCUCCGAACAAGAUUCUGUUUUUAAGGUAUGAGAAUUUGAAAGGAGAUAUCAAAUUCUACUUGAAAAGAAUGGCUGAGUUCUUGAACUGCCCAUUCAAUUCAGAGGAGGAAAGGGAUGGUGUUAUUGAAAACAUAAUUGAGCUCUGCAGCUUUCAAAAGAUGAAGGACUUGGAAGUGAACAAGAUUGAAAAAAUAGGCCUUAGGAUUGAAAAGAAGGAUUUCUUUAGGAAAGGUGAAGUGGGUGAUUGGGUUAAUCAUUUAUCUCCAUGGAUGAUAGAGAAAUUGUCCAAAGUAAUGGAAGAGAAGUUGGGUAGUUCUGGACUGUCCUUUCAAUUUCAGAUCUCUUAAUCCAGCAAUAAUUUCUACAUGCAUCCAAUAUGGAUUACUGUAAUGUAAUAGUUCAUAAAAUAGAGACUUCAGGGUUAUGUACAUGGCAUAUGCAAUAAUGUAAUGUAACUGUGCCGUAUUUUUUUUAAGUUUGCUAUUUUCUGGUAUAACUGCCGAAUUUUUCUUUUUCUUCAUCUAAAAUUUUGAUUAUUCCAAAAUAUUCUAGAUCUAAAUUGGCAGAAAAGUUCUAGUGGAUGCUGGAUAGAAUAAAGCAAGUAAAUG